AUGAAGGAAGGUGAUGAGUGGAAAACCGCCUUUAAAACCAAGCAUGGUCUAUAUGAGUGGCUUGUGAUGCCAUUUGGCUUGACCAAUGCGCCAAGUUUUGUGGUGAGUGCAGAUGGCGUACAGGUUGAUGAAGAGAAGGUCGCAGCUAUCCGGGACUGGCCUAGUCCUAAGACCGUUGGAGAGGUCAGGAGCUUUCAUGGCUUGGCCGGAUUCUAUCGGCGGUUUGUUAAGGAUUUUAGCACUAUAGCCGCGCCAAUGACUGAGAUUAUCAAGAAGGAAGUUGGUUUCAAAGUGGGAGAAGGCACAGGAGGAAGCAUUUCAGACUCUUAA